AUGGCAGAAGAACAGCUCAAUCCGGAUGACGAGGGACUGGACAGGCCGUUUCGUUUCAUAGUCACUGGCAAAUACCUCGCUGUUCGCUAUGACGACAACAGCUUCACUCUACACCGUGAUUACCAUGGCAAUGGGAGCCUGUUUUAUCUUUCCGAUGAUGAAAUUCACAUAAUCAGAGAUCACACAUAUGUUGGCCAGCUCAGCAGUUAUCCCAUCUACAAAGACAACGUGUUUCACAUCUGCCGUGGGUCACAGUACCUCUCUCGAGAGGGGCGUUGGACGGACAAUAUCGAUGAAGCACUUGAUGUUCAGAUCGACCCAGAGGACCCAGACAGGACCGACAGCGCUGAUAGUGCUGACAGUGCUCCUAUCCUAUCACUUCUCGAGCCAAUUAUCAAUCCCGCUCAUCCUGUUUCCGCAGACGGAAUCGACCUCUACCAUCCCGAUAAGCAGUUCGCUCUGUAUCCCGUUACUGGCGACGGCCUUUGGUACGGUGACGCUGGUAACUUCGACGGCAAGCUUGUCUUCGGCGGCAAUCCAUACAGCGCCGGAAUCCCGUUUCAGCUCUCGGUACACGAAGGCCGCACGCGAAUCCGCGCAAAUGACGGCAUGUACCUUACCGUCGUCAUGGAAGAUGAUCUUGUCCCGUACCUGAAAGAGGAAUGCCAGCGGCAUUCCAGGGUCAGUUUGUGCGCACACUGUUCAACAUGGUACAGCCUUGGCUUUCGUCCUGAGCCUGAUGAUUGUCUUGUCCUGAUUCCCCACGGUCUGCCUAGCAUGUUUGUCUUGCAUGACGGGGCUUUCUACUACAGCAUGAAUGUCCUCAAGGCAAGCUAUGCCGAGACCGAGCGCGUCAAGCACAUUGAGGAGGCAUCGCUUUUUCAGUUUGUUGCUAAGUUGAUCACUACAUUAAUCAUCGAAUAA